CCCCAAGAUCCAAGCCGAAAGGCCACCUAAGCUACAAGUCCGUUUCCGACGAGAACCCUCGACAUAAAAGUCGACAAAUUGCCCGCCUCCAUUCUCGCACUUUCUCUGAUUAGCGGAGCUCCCUCUUUCCUUUAUUGCAUUCCAUUAUUCUUUUCCUCUUACAUCACGGCUCAUUUCUCAAGAUCACCGUCCUGAGGAGUCGAGCACCACUUCUUCACCAUGCGCUUUGCUUCCAUUGCUCUUGCAGCUUUCGCUGCCACGGCCGCUCGCGCCGACGUGGUCGAGGACGUGAAGGAUGCCGCUGCCGACGCCUCGUCAGCCGUUGAAUCUGCGACGUCGUCUUCAGUAUCGAAGCCAACCUUUACACCAACAACAUUGAAAGCGCCCUUCCUCGAACAGUUCACAGACGACUGGGAGUCGAGGUGGAAGGUUUCGAGCGCGAAGAAGCAGAAUGAUAAAAAGGAAGACACCGAGGAAUGGGCCUACGUGGGUCACUGGGCUGUCGAGGAGCCGACAGUGCUGAACGGCAUGGUCGGUGACAAGGGCCUGGUCGUCAAGGACAAGGCUGCUCACCACGCUAUCUCGGCCAAGUUCGACAAGCCAAUUAAUCCCAAGGGAAAGCCCCUCGUCGUUCAAUACGAAGUUAAGCUCCAAGAUGGUCUCGAGUGCGGUGGCGCAUAUCUUAAGCUGCUCCAGGAGAACAAGAAGCUCCAUCGUGAGGAGUUUUCAAACGCCUCGCCGUACAUUAUCAUGUUCGGGCCUGACAAGUGCGGUUCCACAAACAAGGUUCACUUCAUCUUCCGCCACAAGAACCCCAAGACAGGUGAAUACGAAGAGAAGCACCUCAACUCUCCGCCCCUUGCCAAGCUUGGCAAGACCACAACACUCUAUCAACUGGCCGUUUUCCCCAAUCAGACCUACUCAAUCAGCAUCGAUGGCGAACAGAAGAAGGAAGGCAGCUUGUUCGAACACUUCACGCCACCGGUCAACCCACCAAAGGAGAUCGACGACGAGAAUGACAAGAAGCCCGAGGACUGGGUCGAUGAAGCCAAGAUCCCGGAUCCUGAGGCCACCAAGCCCGAAGACUGGGACGAGGAUGCGCCAUACGAGAUUGUUGAUGAGGAGGCUACCAAGCCAGACGAUUGGCUCGAGGAUGAGCCAACCAUGAUUCCCGAUCCAGAAGCCGAAAAGCCAGAAGAUUGGGACGACGACGAAGACGGAGAUUGGCUCCCGCCAAAGGUGCCGAACCCGAAAUGCGCCGAAGUCUCCGGCUGCGGUAAAUGGGAACCACCGAUGAAGAAGAACCCAGCCUACAAGGGCAAGUGGUCUGCCCCGUUGAUUGACAAUCCGGCCUACAAAGGUCCAUGGGCACCACGCAAGAUUCCAAACCCCAAGUACUUCGAAGAUAAGACCCCGGCUAACUUCGAGCCGAUGGGUGCUCUCGGUUUCGAGCUUUGGACUAUGCAGAACAACAUCCUCUUCGACAACAUCUAUGUCGGUCACUCUCUUGAGGACGCCGAGGCACUCAAGAAGGAGACCUGGGACCUCAAGAUUGCUGCCGAAAAGGAGGAGCAGGAGAGAAACAAGCCGAAGACGCCUGAGCCAAAGCAGACUGGUACCACCACAUUCACCGAGAAUCCUGUGGCUUUCAUGAAGGAGAAGUUCGACCUGUUCGUUACUCUGGCCAAGGAAAAUCCCGUCCAGGCAGUCAAGCUCGUUCCAGAAGUUGCCGGUGCUAUUGGUGCCAUCUUCAUCGUUCUCCUCGGCUUGGUUCUUGGUCUCCUCGGCGGUGGAUCCACUCCCCCAGCUGUCAAGGAUGCUGCUAAGAAGGGUAAGGACGCUGCUAAAGAUGUCAAGGACAAGGCUGCGGAGGCUGUCUCGACUGGCGCUGAGAAGGCUCAGGCAGAGGUUAGCAAGCGCAACACCAGGUCAUCAGAGAAAUAAGCGACGAGUGAAUGUAGGGAUAUGCAAAUGAUUGAAUAAGCGAACGCAUGAGAGAGAGGAAAGCCGCUUCGGCGUCCGGGAGGGUCAAAAAUAGGUUCGUUGCUUCGACACAAGGUCCUUCUCAAGCAAAAACAUGUAUAUGGUGAGCGACAUUGUGCAAUUGAGUGUGCGGCCGUCUCUUCGACUUGUAUCAUCUAGGCUUGGAGUCGAGGAGUUUUAUAGCUUCAAAUAGCUUCAUAUAGCUUUGCUUCGAAUAAAUCAUUUAGCGUUCCUAUCUGCAACA